GUUUGGCGCUCACGAAUCAAAACCUAAGACAUCAAAACCUAAAUCAAAACAAGUGAUUUAAUUGAAACGUCAAAACCUAAAUUCAAGAGCACAGGAUUAGUCAUUGUUUUGCUAGAAAUAAUCACAGUUUUUACAUCGUAGAUAGAUUGUUCAGCGAUGGCCUCGAACCUGCCGGAAGUCCCGGCGUCAUUGCGAGCGAUAGGACACUAUUUAAAAACGGCUCAGGAACACGACACACGAGAUGCGAUCGUCAGCUACUGGUGUCGCCUGUAUGCCCUGCAGUUGGGAUUGAAAAUCAACAGCCAGGGCCCGGAGGAGCGUAAGUUUCUGGUGGCUAUAAUGGAUUGGUUGGAGACCAUGAAAAAGUCCCAUGCGGAUAAUGAAUCCAUUACCAAUGAGGUGGCAGCGCAAGCUUAUUUGGAAAAUUACGCCUUAAAACUUUUUCUUUACGCUGAUAAACAAGAUCGGGCCUCUAAUUUUGGGAAGAAUGUCGUAAAGGCUUUUUAUACGGCUGGAAUGGUAUAUGAUGUGCUGCAAACGUUCGGUGAAUUGACGGAGGAAGUUACCCAGAAUCGAAAGUAUGCCAAGUGGAAGGCAUCCUACAUUCACAAUUGUCUAAAAAAUGGCGAAACUCCAGUUCCCGGGCCGAUGAAGACGGAGGAUGAUGAACUGGAGAAUGAAUUCCAGAAUUUGCAACCGACUGGCACUGACGAACCUCGCGAGGAACCCACUGCUGGUCCGAGCAAUGCUCCGACACAGUUGCCCUAUCCUUCGAUGGGAUUUCAAAGUUUCCCACAACCCGGCACAGGAUAUCCUCCACAACAACCAACAUCAUCUGGUCCACCAUCGGCGUCUACCAAUUUCACCACCAAUGACCCUUUCAGCACCGUAAAACCACCAACGCCGCCGAGCGAACCAGAAAAACCACCAGGGGGAUUUAAGCCUUAUACCGGACCGCAAGUAAGCUCUGGUGACGUCAGCGCCCCGGUUGGAUCAUCAGGUGUCCAACUGACGGCAGAUCAACUGACCAAGGCGCAAAAGUAUUGUAAAUGGGCUGGCAGUGCACUGAAUUACGAGGACGUCAAAACGGCCAUCGAUAGUCUGCAGAAGGCACUUCGGCUGCUUCAAACGGGACAGGAUGGCUAAGUAAUCUGAUAGUCUAUCUUUGAGUGUAGAGUUCUGCCAUGCCAUUCAGUAUAAAAUGUAUGGUGAAUUUCAAAUGUAUUUGCUUCUUUAUGCCUAGGCCAGCACGCAAUCCUGUUGAUUUGAUAUAUUUUUAGCAAUAUGCUUCAGAAUCAUAGGCGCUUUAUGAUUAACAAUAAAGAUAUAAUUUACUCACUUGUGUUAAA